AUGCGUUUCUCCGUUAUCGCCGCUUCCAUGUUCGCUGGUGCCGCCAUGGCUGCCACCUCCACUGACUACGUCACUGAGGAAGUCACCAUCACCUCUUGCGCCGCAACUGUUACCGACUGCCCAGCUCGCAGCACCCAGGUUUCCACCACCAUCUACUCAAGAACCUCCUCCACUGAGGCUGCUCCUUCAUCUGUCACCCCAGCCGGUCAGCCAUCCAACAGUGGACCAGUUGCCUCCGGCCCAGCUUCAAGCGCACCAGUAGCUUCCGCUCCAGCUUCAAGUGCACCAGCUGUUUCUCCCCCAGCACCAAGUGCCCCAGCACCAUCACCAUCUGCUGAUGCUUGCGCCGCGACCUGUGCCACUGAGUACAACACCUGCCGAAGUGCUCCAGAUGCAAACCGAUCCCUUUGCGCUUCCAACUAUGCAUCAUGCCUUGGAUACUCUCCAUAUGAUAGCAACGGAUCAUUGGUCACCCCAACUGCCUGCUCCUCAGUAGCAUCAGCAACAUCUGCUCCAGUCUCAAGCGCUCCAGCUACCAGCGUCUUGGUUCCAGUUUCAUCUGCCCCAGCACCAUCACCAUCUGCUGAUGCUUGCGCCGCGACCUGCGCCACUGAGUACAACACCUGCCGAAGUGCUCCAGAUGCAAACCGAUCCCUUUGCGCUUCCAACUAUGCAUCAUGCCUUGGAUACUCUCCAUAUGAUAGCAACGGAUCAUUGGUCACCCCAACUGCCUGCUCCUCAGUAGCAUCAGCAACAUCUGCUCCAGCCUCCAGCGCACCAGCCGUCAGCGCACCAGCUUCCAGCAAGCCAGCCGGCUUCACCCCAACCUACGCCACCCCAGCUGCCUCCUCCGCUGGCUCUUCCCUCGGUGUUGUUGUUUCCUCCCCAGCUCCAGCUGUCUCUGUCGUUGCCAUCACCACCUGUAUCCCAACCGUCAUCUACUCCACCAUCUCCCUCUCUGGACAUGAGACCACUGCUCCAGGUGUCCCAGCUGCCUCCGCCAAGCCAUCUUCCACUGGAUACAUCUCCGUCCCAGCCAACGGUACCACUCCAGUCGCUACCCAAACCCCACUUGCCUUUACCGGUGCUGCCGCCAACCUUCAAGUUGGAGGAGCUGCCAUCGCCGCCGUCUUCGGACUCGCUGCUUUCCUCUUGUAA